AUGCUAAGAAGUGGUAAAGAGCUUCCAUCGCCUACGACCCCCUCUGACAACCCAUCUCUACCUGGUAAGUCCAACGAAGAAGCUGAGAAUAAUGAGGGUAAAUAUGAGGCACAACCGUCUACCCUCAAGGUAAGUACUCGUUCUUCACCUUUUAUUGAACCUUAUAUUCCUAAAGCUUUGUUUCCUAGUAGGCUAGUAAGACCAAAACAAGAACAUAGGGACGAAGAGUUGAUUGAGAUGUACAAAAAGGUUCAGAUAAACAUCCGUCUCUUGAAUGCAAUCCAGAAAAUCCCCAGAAAUAGAGUAAUCAUCCAUGCCAUGUUAGAUCUAGGAGCCUCUAUAAAUGCUAUGCCCUAUCAUGUUUAUGAGGAUUUAAAAUUAAAUGAUUUACAAGAAACUGUUGUGUGCAUUCAACUAGCUGAUCGAUCUUAUAUGCAUCCCUUAGGAAUAGUCGAAGAUGUUCUCUUACAAGUAAAGGACUUGAUUUUCCCAGUUGAUUUCGAUAUAUUAAAGAUGGAUGAAAUUUCUUCUCCAUCAUCUUCUACAGUUAUGCUAGGUAGGUCCUUCAUGAAAACUGCCAAGACAAAAAUAGAUGUAAACAAAGGUUGUCUAUCUAUAGAGUUUGAUGGGGAAGUUGUUUCUUUUAACAUGUAUGAUUCCAUGAAAUUUCCUGAGGAAUAUAUGUCCUUGUGUUUGAUUGAGGCACAUGAUUUUAUAGAUGACAUUGCGUUGCGUGUGAAGGAAUUCUUAAACAAGAGACACAAGACUUCAAGGCAACAACCCCAACAGGAUGAUGGUGAUAAUAAUUCUGACAUGUUGAUUGCUCCAAGCAUUGACUUAGAUUUCCAUGAUUUAUCUCUUUCUUUUGUUCAUGUUAGCAAUUUAGAGAAACCUUCUUCUAACUUUGAUAUUCUGGAUUUGCAGGUACAAAGGACUGAGCUGAAGGCUCUCCCUAGCCAUCUGAAAUAUGUGUACCUGGGCGAAGGAAACACCCUUCCAAUCAUAAUCUCUAGGGAGUUGACGUCUGCCCAAGAGGAAUCCUUGAUUGAGAUCCUGAAGACUUAUAAGGAGGCCAAUGGGUGGACUCUAGAUGACCUCAAAUGA